UCCAAGGUGAGAUGGAGAAAGGAGCAUAUAUGAGCAUCGGAAUCCGAUCCAUGGCAAAAAUUGGCAGCACCAACGUCGACCGUACCAUGAUAGCAGGAUAGGAGCACUCCGUUAAGCAGCAGCAUCGAUGCAUGGACCGCCUUGCCCUUGUAUGUGUGUCCGCCAGCCUCUGCGUUGUGCUCGUGUGGUUGCCUUGCCUUGCCGGCCGGCCUCGCAUGGCAUGGCAUGGCACGGCAUGGACCUCCAAACCGCAUGUCCUCCCUCCCCGGCCCUCCAUAUCUCUUCUCUCCCGGCCGGCCGGUCUUGUCUCUGCACGCGCUUGCUUGAUUUGAUUCCUCUGACGACGACGCCGGCCGCUCGUUUGCUCUUCGAUCCCCGGCCGUAACCAAGGCAAGGUACACCUGACCCGACCUGAUCAUGAAUUUCGAUUAGUUCCUUCCACCGGCCGGCCAGCCCCUAGCCUGCUGCUUGCGCUUGCUACAUCGUCGUCGUCAUUCGCCUGUCCCCUUCAGUUCACGAAGCAGGAGCAGGUAGUACGGUAGGGGCGACGUCCUUUUCAUGCGACGUUUAUUCAUUCUUCUCCCAUGCGCUUCCCUCGAUCGAUCGGGACUCGAUCUCUGAUCUGCUGCUUGCUUCAUAGCGCGCGUGCGUGUUUCUGUUUCUUGAUUAUUUCUGCUGUGCUGAUGAUCAGGGUUUGAGACCACGCACGAUUUCCUUUCUCUAGUCUUGCUGCCGCGGAAUUCUGCCGGCCGGGCUCAGACGCUUGGUUUUGUAUUCACCGCGAGAACGAUCGAGAUUCAGGUUCCUGUACUGUACGUACGUUUUAUUCACCCGGCCAUCAUGUCUGGGAAGUGAAAAUAUCCUAGCCUGUUUGAUAUUCAGAUCAGUCGGAGAUCCAAUUCAUCGAAUUUCUUCCUAGCCUGUGUGCUCUCGCUGUGUAAUCAGUUGUCCGCGCCUACUUUUGGUUUAUUUAUUCAUUUCAUUUGCUUCUAAAUGUAUGUUCUGAUGCACUUCUUGUUGUAUUCUGUACUGACAAAUUAUUAAAGGCGACCUUUCGGAUUGUAUUCUGCUGUGUUCAUGUUCAGUUCUGUGCAGAUUUCCCUUCGCAAUGCAGUACUGUAGUUUUAUUAUAUAUGCUAUGCCUGUCAAUUCUGAAUGCCAGAAUACUAUGCUUUGUGCUGCAUUCCCGGUUCAACUCAAUCCUUGUUCAUCUUUCAGCACCAGGUCUUUGACAAGUAGCUAGCUGGUUGCCAAAGACUGGCUUAGCAGAGCAGCAGGAUGUAUAGGGCUAAGAGGGCUGCUUCGCUCAAAGCGAAGCGCCGCGUUGGCAAGUAUGAGCUCGGACGCACCAUUGGGGAAGGAACAUUUGCAAAGGUCCGGAUCGCCAAGAACUUGGACAAUGGGGAUCAUGUUGCUGUCAAGAUCCUUGACAAGGCAAAGGUUCACAAGAACAGACUGGCUGAACAGAUUAGGAGGGAAAUCUGUACCAUGAAGUUAAUACAGCAUCCCAAUGUUGUUCGCCUGUACGAGGUGAUGGGAAGUAAAACAAGGAUUUACAUUGUGCUGGAGUUUGUUAUGGGUGGAGAGCUCCAUGAUAUCAUUGCCACAAGUGGAAGAUUGAAGGAGGAGGAAGCGCGUAGAUACUUUCAGCAGUUGAUCAAUGCUGUAGACUAUUGCCACAGUAGGGGUGUAUACCACAGAGACUUGAAGCUAGAGAACCUGUUACUCGAUGUUGCUGGAAACCUCAAGAUUUCAGAUUUCGGGUUAAGUGCUUUAUCAGACCAAGUGAAGAAUGAUGGAUUGCUGCAUACUACAUGUGGAACACCUAACUAUGUUUCUCCAGAGGUUAUUGAUGACAAAGGCUAUGAUGGUGCCCUUGCUGACCUUUGGUCUUGUGGGGUGAUCCUUUUUGUGCUGCUCGCAGGAUGUCUGCCUUUCGAGGAUGACAACAUCGCAUCCCUUUAUAAAAAGAUCUCAGAAGCUCAGUUUACUUGUCCAUCUUGGUUUUCUGCUGGAGCAAAGAGGUUGAUCAACAGAAUUCUGGAUCCUAACCCUUCCACUCGCAUUACAAUUCCUCAAGUACAAAAAGAUCCAUGGUUUAAAAAAGGUUACAAGCAACCUGUUUUUUAUGAACAAUGUCAAGCUAGUCUAGAUGAUGUUGAUGCCGCCUUUGGAGACUCAGAGGAACAUCAUGUGACAGAGGAAAUGGAAGGGCAACCUGCCUCGAUGAAUGCAUUUGAAUUGAUUUCAAUGAACAAGGGGCUGAAUCUGGAUAAUUUUUUUGAAUCUGAUAAGAAGUACAAGCGAGAAACGCGAUUCACAUCACAAUGUCCUCCGAAAGAAAUCAUCGAUAGAAUAGAAGAAGCUGCUAAGCCACUUGGGUUCGAUAUCCAAAAGAAAAAUUACAAGAUGCUAAUGGAGAACCCAAAAGCAGGAAGGAAAGGAAAUCUAAAUGUUGAGACUGAGGUUUUCCAAGUGGCUCCAUCGCUUCAUGUGGUUGAGCUGAAGAAGGCAAAGGGAGAUACUCUGGAGUUUCAAAAUUUCUACAAAACUCUGUCCACAGAGCUGAAGGACGUCGUUUGGGCGUGUGAUGAUGAAAUCCAAGACAGAAGCUCCUCGCCAUGAAACAGUUGCAGGCUUUCAGGCUUACAGAACUUAGUGGGGGGCCCAAAUGAGGAAUACAGUGUUAGUUUUGCCUGUACAUAGCUCUUGUUUGUUCCAACUUCCAAACGAUAAGUUUAGUGCCCAGUGUACAUAUAGGCUUCGCUAGACAAAUACAGCAGAAGGUUUUCUGCCAAAUGAUGGUCUGGAAUGAAUGAAGUGGUCGAUGUAACAUAGAUCAGAAGGCUGGUUAAGUUGUUGCAGUGAAACACUGAAUAUGGUGUUGAGCUAUUGAUAUUAAUUGGUUCAAUUUUCUCCAAA